CGUUCCAAUACCGAAAAAAAACAACCCACGGAUCCAGCUGAAGAGGGAGACAACAACCCGGCGAACCAACUAAAAAAUUAGCAAUGACGUCCUCUGCGAAAAAAAGAACCAAGGAUACUUCCUAUUACAAGGAAGAAAUCAAGAAGGAGAAAGCGGGAAAACGCAAGCUGUAUCUUUCGCUGGUGAAGCUGGCCGAAGAACUGAAACGUAUCCGCAAGGACACGGGCCGGCUGGAAGAACACGCCGAGUAUCGAAACCAGCUCUGGUACGAGGGUGGGCUGUGGCGUGCCCCGCAGGUCCUGCCCGAGAUCCAGCGCAACGUGACCGACACGCAGCGGACGAGACAGCGGGACGCGAUUUCUCUGAGCGACAUGUUCCUGAACCU